CAAUAAAAUAUUGGCUGACAGGUGAUUUCUGGAUAUCAGGAACAUUUCUUAUUAGGAAGCCACAGCUUCUCCAGGGAGUCUAUGCCAUGGGUUUCAAUCGACCAUCCAAGAUACAAGAGAAUGCGUUACCCAUGAUGCUUGCUGAACCUCCACAGAACCUGAUUGCCCAGUCUCAGUCUGGCACUGGAAAAACAGCUGCCUUUGUCCUGGCCAUGCUUAGCAGAGUAGAACCAGCAGACAGAUACCCUCAGUGUCUGUGCCUCUCCCCUACAUAUGAAUUGGCACUUCAAACAGGAAAAGUGAUUGAGCAGAUGGGCAAAUUUCAUCCAGAACUAAAGCUUGCUUAUGCUGUUCGAGGCAAUAAAUUGGAAAGGGGUCAGAAGAUCAGUGAGCAGAUUGUCAUUGGUACCCCUGGGACUGUCCUGGACUGGUGCUCCAAGCUCAGGUUCAUUGACCCUAAGAGGAUCAAGGUAUUUGUUCUAGAUGAGGCUGACGUGAUGAUAGCCACUCAAGGCCACCAAGAUCAGAGCAUCCGCAUCCAGAGGAUGCUGCCCAGGAACUGCCAGAUGUUGCUUUUCUCUGCCACCUUUGAAGACUCUGUGUGGAAGUUUGCCCAGAAAGUGGUCCCAGACCCCAACAUUAUCAAACUGAAGCGUGAGGAGGAGACAUUGGACACCAUUAAGCAGUAUUAUGUCCUGUGCAAUAACAGAGAYGAGAAGUUCCAGGCCUUGUGCAACCUGUAUGGGGCCAUCACCAUCGCACAAGCCAUGAUCUUCUGCCAUGUGAGUAGCACUUGCAGGGCUGCCCUGCCCCCUUCCCCUUUAGGAAAAUAA